AUGACAAGGGACCGAAAAUCAUCGUCUGUGGGCUUCACCAAUCUCGAGAUGACCAGUCCAGAGGGCCCUCCUGUGUGCCAGGUCCUGACCUGGGCACUAGAUCUACCGUCCAAGAGGGUCUGGUGCGACUGGCGGAGGAUUUCACUGUGCAAAGGGCUGGACAGUCUAAACCUAGAAUUACAGGAUAGAGACGCUGCCGAAAUCGACUCGGGUGGUUCUGGAGCGGAGGGCGCCUGCAGUCCGCCGCACGCUCCUUUCGCGCGGGAGCGGCCGCGGGGCGCACAGCUAGGAGCUAGCGAGCCGGCCUCGAGCCGGAGCUGCCAGACGGCGGCGGCGAGGGCGGCGGCUCCGAGGCGCUGGGGCCGGGGACCGAAGCAUUGGACCGCGCCCCGCCACCACUGCCGAGCCAGCGCCGCUCCCCACGACCGAAGCAGGCGACUGUGUCCCUGCCGCCCGACUCGCCCGGCUCCGGGGCGGCCGCUAUUGUCUGCGCUGCACUCGGCGGCGCGGGGGGCUCUCUCGGCGGCGACCCGGGAGCGGGGACUCCGACCGGGCGGGGCCGGAGCGGGCGGCGGCGGGAGGAGCUCGGAGCCGGAGGAGGAGCCGCGAGCGCCGGCGGCGGCCUGUGAGGGAAGUUUCCUGCCGGCCUGGGUGAGCGGCGUGCCCCGCGAGCGGCUCCGCGACUUCCAGCACCACAAACGCGUGGGCAACUACCUCAUUGGCAGCAGGAAGCUGGGGGAAGGCUCUUUUGCCAAGGUGCGCGAGGGGCUGCACGUGCUGACCGGAGAGAAGGUGGCUAUAAAAGUCAUAGAUAAGAAGAGAGCCAAAAAGGACACCUAUGUCACCAAAAACCUGAGACGCGAGGGGCAGAUUCAGCAGAUGAUCCGCCAUCCCAACAUUACCCAGCUCCUCGAUAUCUUAGAAACUGAAAACAGCUACUACCUGGUCAUGGAGCUUUGUCCUGGUGGCAAUCUGAUGCAUAAGAUCUAUGAGAAGAAACGGCUGGAGGAGUCUGAAGCCCGCAGAUAUAUCCGGCAGCUCAUCUCUGCCGUAGAGCAUCUGCACCGGGCUGGGGUUGUCCACAGGGACUUGAAGAUAGAAAAUCUGCUCCUAGAUGAAGACAAUAAUAUCAAGCUGAUUGACUUUGGUUUGAGCAACUGUGCGGGCGUCCUGGGUUACUCGGACCCUUUCAGCACACAGUGUGGUAGCCCCGCCUACGCAGCACCUGAACUGCUUGCCCGGAAGAAAUAUGGUCCCAAAAUCGAUGUCUGGUCCAUAGGUGUGAACAUGUAUGCCAUGCUGACUGGGACCCUGCCUUUCACAGUGGAGCCUUUUAGCCUGCGAGCUUUGUACCAGAAGAUGGUGGACAAAGAAAUGAACCCUCUCCCCACUCAGCUCUCCACAGGAGCUGUUACCUUCCUGCGCUCUCUCCUGGAACCAGAUCCUGUGAAGAGGCCAAAUAUCCAGCAAGCAUUGGCGAACCGCUGGCUUAAUGAGAAUUACACGGGUAAAGUGCCGUGUAACAUCACCUACCCCAACAGGAUCCACCUGGAGGACCUGAGCCCGAGUGUGGUGCUGCACAUGACGGAGAAGCUGGGCUUCAAAAAUAGUGACGUGAUCAACACCGUGCUCUCCAACCGUGCCUGCCACAUCCUUGCCAUCUACUUCCUCUUAAACAAGAAACUGGAGCGCUAUCUCUCCGGGAAAUCCGACAUCCAGGACAGUGUCUGCUACAAGACCCAGCUCUACCAGAUAGAAAAGUGCAGGUCCACUAACGAGCCCUAUGAGGCCUCCCUGGACACCUGGACAAGAGACCUUGAAUUCCCUGCUGUGCAGGAUAAAAAGCCCAAAGAACAGGAAAAAAGAGGGGAUUUUCUUCAUUGGCCUUUUUCCAAGAAGUUGGAUAAGAACCUGUCUUCACACAAGCAGGCCCAUGGCUCACUCAUCACACAGAUCCAGGGCACCAAAGCACUCCUGAGGGACCGGAAGUCCUCCAAGCCUGGGCUCCCCGACAAAGAUUCCUUCAGCUGCCGCAGUAUUUUCCGCAAAGCCUCUGAUUCCAAUUGUGUGGCCUCUUCGUCUAUGGAGUUUAUCCCUGUUCCACCACCCAGGACCCCUAGAAUUGUAAAGAAACCGGAGCCCCAUCAGCAAGGGCCUGGAAGUGCUGGUGUUACCCCCAAGGAGGACCCCCUGAUGCUGGAUAUGGUGCGCUCCUUCGAGUCUGUUGAUCGUGUUGAUCCUGCAGAACUGCUGUCCCCAUCUCAUCACUACCGGAUUCUCAACUCCCCCAUGAACUUUGCACGCAGAAAUUCCAGUGAGAGAACACUCUCCCUGGUCCUGCCCACCGGAAGCACUUCACCUGUCCAGACUCCCACGCACACCACUCUGGUCUCCUUUGCUCAUGAAGACAGGAACAGCCCCCUCAAAGAGGAGGGGGUGUGCUGCCCACCCCCGGUUCCCAGUAGCGGCACCACGCAGCCUUUGGGGAGCCCGAAUUGUGUGAAAAGCCGUGGCAGGUUCCCCAUGAUGGGCAUCGGGCAGAUGCUGAGGAAACGACAUCAGAGCCUGCAGCCUUCAGCGGAUAGGCUUCUAGAGGCCAGCAUGCCCCCACUGCAGCCCCUGGCCCCUGUGAGUCUCUCCUUUGACAUGGCCGAUGGCGUCAAAGGUCAGUGUUAA